AUGGCCGCUUUGCUUAGUCCGCCUGAACUCGUCCCUGCUACACCUGUAAGAAUCGCAGAGACGUCCGCCGAGUACGUCGUGGUAGCCGAGGUCGCCUGUAUCACCGACGACGCAGAGUCUGCUGCAGACGUAACAGCGGCACUUGUUGCAGCAGCAGCCGAUGUUGCAGCCGCACUUGUUGCGGCAGCCGAUGUAGCUGCUGCAGACGUCGCUGCCGCCGAUGUCGCUGCCGCCGAUGUCGCAGCACUAGAGGCGGCCGCUACUGUCGAUGCGGCCGCAUUGCUCGUUGCGGCAGCCGCCGCCGUCGACGACGCUGCCACGGCCAUUACAAUGGGAGC